AUUAAGCUUUUUUUUAUCUGCAAAUGGAUGACAGCCUGCUACAAACUUGGAAGUUAUCGCGCAUACGAUAUCGACUGUCAUCGCAAUCUGUCCGAUUUUUAGAACCAUUAAAAUUGUUAUUAUUGCAGCGUGCAGGUGCUUUACCAACAUUUUUUAACUGAAAAUCAUGCCCGACGAGAGUAAAAACAGUCAACUUGACGAGAUACAGCAGCAGCUUAUCGAUCGAAUUGCUAAAAAUGACACCAAUGGCUUCAAGCAGCUGCUGGGACAGCUUAAGGGUGGAGUUAACUUUGUAGACGACAGUGGCAUGUCAAUCCUUGCACAUGCGAGCUUUAAAGGCAACAGGGAAGCAGUGCAGCUGCUGCUGGAUAUGGGGGCAGAUAUAAAUCUUAACCAACAUGGUGCUGACUAUACGCCGCUGCAUUUCGGCGCGUUGUCCGGCAACACACACGUGUGUCGUCUGCUACUCGAUGCGGGCAUCAAUCCAAAUAGCAUAAACAGCGUUUCGCGCACUGCCAGCCAGAUGGCCGCCUUUGUGGGUAAUCAUGCAUGCGUGGAGACAAUCAACAACUAUGUGACCUGCAAGAGUUUGGAGUAUUACACACAAGUGCAUGGCCAGCAGACGGAACCACACAUUCCGCCAGCGUUGUUGAAGCCUUUCCAUACAUUUGUCACUGAAAUUAAUCUGCAUCCUGUUAGAAUUACGCUGAAUGCACAAAACCUGGGUUUCUUGAAAAUCCUACCCAAUCUGCGCAAGGCUCUGGUCCUGAUGUGCGAGAAGGAGAUGCAGAAGACACAUGACAUCAAUGAGUUGUUGGCAUUUAAAUAUCAUUACCAAGGAUGGAUUGUAGGCGAGUUAAUACGCUGCGAUGAGCAGUUCAAGGCGCAGCAUAAGGACAAAUCCGAGGAUGCUACCAAAAACGAUUUCGUUGAAGUUUUCAUCAAGCGUGUGCUUAAGGAAAACAAACUGAACCAACUGGACUAUGUUGAGUUUACUGUGCGCGAAUGUGUACGCGAGUUUCCAUUCCGUGAGUGCACCGUGUUCAGGCAAAUCGCAACGCAACUCGGCAGCAAGGAUGCAGCUUCAGCUUUGGUCAUACUACGUAAUGCCAUUAACGGCAUGCGUGGUUUUGUUGACGAAAACAGCUACUGUAGUACCUGUGGCCAGGAAAAACCGGACAAAAAGUGCUCCAAGUGCAAGGCAGUCCAGUACUGCGAUCGUGAGUGCCAGCGUCUUCAUUGGUUCAUGCACAAGAAGAGUUGUCCACGGCUAUUGGCCGCUGUUCUAGCCGGCGCACAGCAACAACCCAAAGGCCCCAUUGACACCUCUGAGUUACGAGAGGAGCUUUCCAAGCUGUCAGCAUAAUAACUUCUAGUAAUAUACUAUGUUACUUAUUCAAAUAUAUAUGAAG